AUGUUCUACAAGAAAUACGAUGACAAGGUGGAUGUCUUUGUAGAGAAUGUCAUGACCGAGAUCAAGAAACUGUAUGGUGCCAAAAAGAAAGAGGAGGGAGAAAAGGUUAUCAUGCUAUCUUUAUAUUUUGUUCGACAGAUAACUCUUGCCUCAGGAUUUCAUGAACUCAACUUUAAAAGCGAUUGGGGAACAGUCCUUUUAGAUAAUCUUUGUGAUCGGCUUGUUAACUGCAUCAAUGUUCUUAGUUCAAUAACAGGAAAGGGGAAGGCCUUUAAUAACACUAGAGUGAAGCAUAGAGUGAAGCGGUCGAUUAAGGUGCCCACGAUUAGUAACAAGCUAGCAGAUAUGAUGAUUAUUCAUGGAGGAAAUAUGGCCAAAAGGCAAUCAAAGGUUCUCCACACCCAAGAUAAUUGAAGUCAUAUCGGGUUGAAAGCUAAGAGAUUGUGCAGAGAUUGCCAAGCGACCGUUGAAAAUUGAAGACUGAGAAGGCAUUUAGGAUUUUUAAUUAUUUAAUUCUUGUAUUAGAAUCUUUUUUCAUGUACUA